GUUGGGCCAACGUUAAAUGUUAGCUGGGUAAUACAAUGGGCCAGGUGUAUAUGCGCUGUCGCCCAAAGCCCUGCUGCGGAGCUGCUGCUGUCUGCUGAGAUUUGAGUCCUGCUUUGACCUCUGUAAUCCCCCACUUAACUGAAUGAUGACGACCCCACCCACCGACGGUGCUUUUAAGUCCCCGGGAGGGAUGCGGGCUGUGCAGAUACAGCAGCCCGUGCGAAAGGUUCACAAGUGGGAUGCCUUCGAAGGAGCACCUCCUAACGGGUCGUUUCCUAGAUGCUCGGUCUUGACAUGCAUACGCUAAAGGAGAACUGAUGUUUUACUUCUUCGUACAAGCGUCUUUCCUGCUGCUGCCCCCUGUCCUGGCCCCCUGGGGCUGCACACGCUCCUGUCCAGCCAGCUGCACCUGCAUCCCGGAAGGCAGCUGCACUGUGCUGUGCGACCGCGCCGGCCUGCUUGACCUGCCCAAGGAGUUCCCUUGCGAGGCCACCUCCAUCAACCUGGACAAGAACAGCCUGAAGUUCCUAGCUGAGCAGGCGUUCGGAACGCUGCCCUCUCUGAACUCCCUGUCGCUCGACCACAAUAACAUCUCUUUCAUAACCCCGGGAGCCUUUAAAGGGCUGGCCAACCUGCUGGAGCUCAAGAUGGCUCAUAACGAGUAUGUUCGCUAUCUGCACACUCGCACGUUCAUCGCUCUGAAAAAACUGAGACGCCUCGACCUUGCAGACUGCAACCUCUUCAGCAUGCCUGACCGCAUCUUUGUGGAGCUAACGGCGCUGCAGGAGCUACUUUGCUACCAGAAUAACUUCCGGCGCAUUCCGGGGGCAAUCAGAGGCAUGGAGAAUCUCACCCACGUUUAUCUGGAGCGCAACAAGAUCGAGGCCAUUGCCUACAAUUCGUUGCUGGGACUUGGAAAACUCCAAUACCUGAACUUGCAGGAGAAUCGCAUCAAUGUGAUCCAUGACAAGGCCUUCCAGGACCUUCAGCGGCUGGAGAACUUUUACCUCAAUGACAAUCUGCUGGCGGACCUUCCCCUCUAUUCAUUCAAAGGCCUCUAUCACUUAAAGAUGCUCAACUUGGGCGGUAACUUUCUCACCCAUGUCUCCAAGACUUGGUUUGGCGAUCUAGUAGAGUUGGAGGUGCUUUAUAUGGACCGGAACCAUCUGUCCUUCAUUGAAGAGGAAGCCUUUGAAAACCUGACCAGCCUCAUUUCUCUCCACCUCAACAGUAACAAUCUGAGCACUCUGCCAUUCUCAGUGUUCCAGCCCAUCUACUUCCUGGGUCACCUCUAUGUUUUUCGCAACCCCUGGGAGUGUAACUGUGACUUGGAGUGGCUGAAGGAGUGGAUGAACAACUACAAGUUGGUGAGGGACAUUCCCUGCGCCUCCCCAUCUGCUGUGGCUGGCUUGGACCUUAGUGAGAUAGCCUAUUACAAGGUUGGUGGGGUGUGUGUGGAUCCAGCAGAGCUCAACUUCACAAGCUCUGCCCCGGCGCCCACGCACCUGUGGCGUUCCACCACUGAAAACAGGUUCAGCAGCUUCCUCUCCAAACUUCUGCAGCAAGAGCUGCGGGAUGAGAUGCUCAACAGCACCGAGGGCAGAAACGGCACCAUGGUGGAGCAGACGGAGAGCCGAGUGUCUGUUGGGACCCGUUUCCAUGGCAGCCAGCUUCUCUUGCUUUUUGUACUCCUCUGUGGAGUGUCUGCCCGUCAUGGCGAGAUCUUGGGCAGUUGAAGUCAAUGUUUUCCAGUAGGUUGCUGAUUCUUCCAUUUAUGAAGAUAUGUAUCAUGUUUUGGCAACCAGAGGAAAGAUGGAUAUUUCUUGCGGCAGGAAGUCAGUGCAUGUGCGCUACAGUGGAUAUUUCACAAUGCAGAGAACUGCAGAUUCUGCUCCAUGAUUUCUGGUGGCUACGGUGUU